ACUUUUUCUCCACUAUAGAUAACAAGAAUUUCUCUCCCUACAAAUCCUUUUCCUUCAUUUUGUCUUCUAACAAUCAUAACUUCAUGCCACAACAGUUGUAGUUUUUGUUUUCCUUAACUAUCUCCUCCUAGUCACCAUUCAGCCUGCAAUUUGUUUUUGCUACUAACUUUAGUUUCCUUGUACUUCACUGUUUACAAGGUUUAUGUUCCUUCCUAGAAUUUUCUUUAAUUAUUUACUUUUCCAAUAACACUCACUUUUUCAUAUCCAAGAGAAUAUUGAAUAUAUUCUCCUAAUAAUUGAAUGAUUUUUCACUUUAUACUUUUUAUGAAAGAGUCUAAAAAGCCACUUUACUUUGUUUCUUCAACACAGUGAUUUGAAUAUGGCACCUUCUUACUUUCCUCUACGUUGGGAGAGCACAGGAGACCAAUGGUGGUAUGCAACACCUAUUGAUUUAGCAGCUGCAAAUGGUCUCUAUGAUUUAGUUGCUGAGCUUCUCCAUCAUGAUACAAAUCUUCUCAUUAAGCUCACUUCUCUUCGUCGAAUUCGUCGACUAGAAACUGUGUGGGAUGAUGAAGCUCAGUUUGAAGAUGUUGCCAAGUGUAGGUCUCAUGUUGCAAAGAAACUUCUGCUUGAGUGUGAAGAAACAGAAACAGGAACAAACUCUCUCAUUCGUGGUGGAUAUGGUGGAUGGCUUUUGUACACUGCUGCUUCUGCUGGUGAUUUGGAGUUUGUUUAUGAAUUGUUGAGAAGAGAUUCUUUGUUGGUUUUUGGUGAAGGAGAGUAUGGUGUUACUGAUAUGUUUUAUGCUGCAGCUAGGAGUAAGAAUUCUGAGGUAUUCAACAUGAUUCUUGAUUUUGCUCUCUUAGGAAAAGAUUGUGGUAUUGUUGAAUUGGAUGAAGGUGUUGGUGGUGGAGUUUUCAAGAGGGAGAUAUUGAAUAGGGCCAUUCAUGCUGCUGCUAGAGGAGGGAAUUGGGAAAUACUAAAGAAGCAGCUUCUUUUAGUAAGUGCUUCUCAGAUUUUAUCUUAUAGAGAUGUUCAAGGAUGUACUGUCUUGCAUUCAGCAGCUGGAAGAGGCCAGGUAGAGGUGGUUAGAAAUCUAAUUGUAUCAUCACCUGAUAUUAUAAACUCUACUGAUGCACAAGGUAAUACAGCAUUACACGUGGCUUCUUACAGAGGUUACCUUCAUGUAGUAGAGAUUCUGAUUCAGUCAUCUCCCUCAUUAACAAAGUUAACCAAUCACAAUGGAGACACUUUUCUUCAUAUGGCAGUAUAUGGUUUCACAAGCCCUGGUUUUUGCAGACUAGACAGGCACACUGAGCUCAUGAAUCAGUUAUUACUAACCGAAAAGAUUGCGAACAUGAAGGACAUAAUCAAUGUCAAGAACAACGUUGGAAGAACAGCAAUUCAUGUAGCUGUGAUUCAUGAUGUCAAGUGUGAUGUAGUUGAAUCAAUGAUGUCUGUGGCAUCAAUCGAUCUUAACAUUCGUGACGCGGAUGGAAUGACACCUCUGGAUUAUUUGAAAAAAAGACCAAGAUCAAGAUCUUCUGAAUUAUUAAUAAUCAAGAAAUUGAUUUCAUCUGGUAGUUUCUAUAAUCGUGAAGAUUAUAUGACAAGAAACGCAAUUGUGACUCAUUUGAAAACUCGUCAUGGUAUUCGAGGUAGUCCCGGAACUUCUUUUAGAAUAUCAGAUUCUAAGAUAUUCUUAUACACAUGCAAUGAGAAUGAACAAGCAAGUGUAGAAUCAAAUUCAUGCUCAAUUGAAGUAGAAAGUAAUUAUGAGUCAGCUGAGAAUUCCUCAUGUAACAGCAAGACUAGUGGUGUUAAUUGGGCCGCUAGACGGUUAAUGAAUAUUCUCAAGUGGCGUAGAAGAAGAGAAACAAAAGAAACCUUAGAAUUUGAAGACGAUGAUUCUGUUAAUAAUUCUGUAAGUUCAAGGAAAAAUAAUUUGGAAGAAUUUCCAAUCUCAUUAAGGCAAAGAUACUCAAAACAGUGCUCUCUUCCAAACAACAAAAGAACACUAUCUAUAAGGACUUUACUUCCAACUCCAUCUGCAAAAAAGUAUUUCACUGCAGGCCUAAUGCAAGGUGUUAUUAAGGUAAAGACACAAAGAGAAGGAUCUAAUUUGUCUCAUUCUUCAAACAAUAAGCACGGACAUGUUGAUACACUGGGACUGCCCUCUUGCUCUAAUGGACCAAUAGAUGGUGGGGGUACCCUACAGUUGAACUAUAAGGAGAGAAACCUUAAUAAGAAAUUGAUGAACAGGUAUUUUUCUUUUGGAGCACAAGGGCAGGCUUUGGAAGAUGCAAACACUUGCUCAAUGUCAAAUCACAGUUCUAAGUGUUUCAGUUAUUUAGUUGCAUAAAUGUUACUACGUGCAUGUAUGGUAUCAUGGUGGAUUGAACAAAUUCAUGGUAACUGUGAUUUUAUUGAAACUACAAAUGGUAGCUUUUUGUGAAAUUUACCGCCAUACUAAACAAACAUUAUGUAUAUAUAUAUGAGCUUGAUAUUUUGUGAAUUGUGAUAUAGAAACUAAUAAGCCAAGGCUACAAUUCAAAGCA